AGAUUUGUCGUUGUUGCGGGCAACGUUUACAAAUGGCGGCCACUAGCCAAGGUACAGAUGAUCAAGGUUAAGUCCAGUAAGCUGACCUAAACAAAACAGUCAACAUGGUUAGCAUACCUGACUGGUCGAAGUUCUCCCGGGUGCAUGACACAUUAAAAGAGCCAGGGAACAUACUGAUGAAUAAGUAUUACAAACAACGGGAAGAGGAGACCAUAAGACUAGCGGAGGAACAUGGAUACUUCCUGGUCCCCACUCAGGGAUACCUCAUUAAAAACAUGGGUCCUUUGAAUGGGCGACGGGUGAAGGAUACAAACAAAAUAUAUCUUGUGAAGCUUGUUGGUGUUCAUCUGAGGAAAAUUGGAGACAUCUCAUAUUGUAUUAACUUGAGGAUCUGCAUCUUGCAUAAUAAUUUCUUAACAAAAAUUGAUGGCCUUGCAACCUGUCGUCAGUUGAUUAAGCUGGAUCUUCAUUCAAAUCAGCUAACAUCUGUACCAGGGAUUGCUUUUUGGUCAUCACUGCGGCAUCUGAGGUUUUUAUUGCUGCAUGAUAAUCCUCUGGGGAAGUAUGAAACAUUACAAAACAUUGCUACAUGUCCAAGUCUUAUGGGCCUUACAUUGUACGAUACACCACUUGGACUGAAGAGGAAUUAUCGGCACCAUGUUGUCAACAGUAUUUGGUCACUUAAGGCUUUAGACCAUUAUGUAAUAUCAGAUGAAGAGAUAAUUGAAGAUGCAAUAUUUGGUGGAAGAUUUUGUACAUUGAAUGAAGAAUUUAAGAUCAACCUUUGCCCACCAUGGUAUGAGGAUGGAACAUUAGAGGAAGAAAUGGCUCUUUUAAGGAGGACAGAAGCAGAAAUUAAUAAGAUAAUGGCUCACCAUUCACCAGUCCUUAUAAUUCAAAGACACAUUAGAGGCGUUUUAACAAGAAAAAGGUUUGGCAGCUUUGGUAAAUCCAAAGGUUACAGAUCAGUUGAGAUGCCUCAUACCUCUGAUGCUGUACCUCCGCCACCCUCAACCUCACCUGCCUUUACUCUGUGUAACCAGGAUUUAUCUGUAGGAACCAGUGCUGAAUUUGACUCCUAUAACAAAAAUCGUAGACCAGAAUCCUCGGCACCAAGUGAUAUAACAGAAAUACACACUUCUUCAAAGGUGAAUGAACCAUAUCCCACACCACAGCCUCAAACACCUCAUACCCAAGAUGAAAUUGAGUCUCCAAAGAAGAAGAAAAACUUACUGAUAAAUCUAGCUAAGUUACAGUCAGGAACUUUUUCAACAUUGUAUGAUGAGGCAAUUGCCAUAGAAACUAUUUUACCAGAACUAACCUUUGAAAGCGUUUCAACCCCUUUAGAGACAAAGAGAUAUAGAAGGAGGAAGAAAUCAGAGCAGCAGAAGAGAAUUGUGAAAAGUGUCAAGCAGUUUUUUGGACCAGUUGUCGACUCAGCAGAUCAACAGGAACCUGAGAAAGAGGUAGAUGAUGACACACCAAUAACACAAUAUCGUCUGAGGGGUGUUCGGCCAGAAACAGGAUAUAUUGAUGCUAAAACUCAGCUCAUUUUGUAUAACCAGGAAGCUGGAAGGAUGGUAAGAGAUGCUGAAGAUGAAAUACACAUAAGAACUAAUAAUAUGCCAAGACCUAAAAUUUCGCCAAGAAAAAAUAUUAACAAUGACCAAAGAAUUUUUGCUCGUGUUCAUGGCACUAUGGGUAUUUCUAGUUUGCUAGCUGUGCAUCAAGCUUAUCGAGAUAGAGAAAAGGCAGAAAGGUCUGCUGCAAGAAUAGAAAACAUUUUAAAGUUACAUGAUGAAAAAGAUCGAGCAAAGGAAAGAAUUAGAUUGUUUAAUGAAGAAAAAAGAAACCAAGCUUUACGAAAAAGAGACCAAGAAAGAGCCAAUAUGUUAGAAGCUUUAGAAAGACGUGAAAUUAGAAGGUUAAGUUAUUUAGAUAAAAGGCAUGAUAUUAAAGCAAGGUCAUCAGAAAUGUCAAGAACAUUCAAAGCUGACUUUACAUUUAUUACAGAAUUCAGUACCCAGCAUACAUCUGUAUCAAAUGCUUUAAUGCGACACGACAAACAAACAAAACAGGAAGAUCGUGUUGCAGCAAAAUCAGAUUUGGUUUCGAAUUUGAAAACAACAAAACAAGACCAAUCAGAUAUAGUAAAAAAGUACUUAGAGCAUCGUCAGCUAAUGAGGCAGACGGAAUCAUCAUUUGCCAAAAAUGAACUUGAUUCCAGAAUGCUACAAGAAGCAAAUGAAAGAAUCAUGGAAGCAAAAAUAAGGGUGGCUCAACAAAAGCAAAGAAAAGAGACUGUUAAAACCUUUUAUCCUCUUCCUCAAACAGUAACUCCUGCACCAAAUGUAGACACUUCUGAGAGGCUAUCAGCACCUCCACGAUACACUCCAGGGGCUACUCAUUUUGAGGCAAAUGCUUUACUAGCCGAAGGACGUAUUGGAAAACACCAUACAAUGAUUUUAUGAGAUUAUACUUUGCUCUUCCUUUCUAUGUUUUGUGAUCAGAUUUAUCAUUUUUUGUUCAUGAUGAACAAACUGUGCAUGAAUUUAUGUACCAGAAUGAGUGGUCACUUGAAAGUUGGUAAAUAUUGUGAAAGUGUUUCUCCUACAGGUAUGACUUUUUAAAAAGCAUGCCAGGAGUACAAUAAUGAUUUCAUUUAUUAAACAAAUGAUUCUUUCAAUUAAAUCAGAAUAACCACAAUGUAAAAUAUAAAGUGAAAUAAAUCACAAAAAUAACACCAAGUGAGAAUAUUGAAGAAACUUGAUACAUGUAGUAUGUAUAGAGCUAUUCCAGAAAUAAAAUAUAUAUAGGGGUUUGGAGACACUUAUUUUUUUUUGCAUGGGUGGGAGCAGGUCAGUAAGAUCAAAUUGUAUGGUUUUGCAUGCAAAGUAAAGUGCAAUUUUAAGGGUGAUGGGUGAUGACCAUAAAAAAAAGUGCCUUCAACCCCCUCCCACAUACUGUUGUUUUCUUGAAUAGCCCUUAGUCAUAUUGUGCUAUCUUUUUUGUUGUACAUGUAUUUAUAUAUACCAGGGUACAUUUAAACUAUUUUAAAGUCAAAAUAUAUUUUCUAAGCAUUGAAUUUUCAUAAGCCAGUUUCAUUGUCAAAAAAAGUUUUAUUUUAAAGCUUACAUCUUUAGAUUUAAAAAAAAAAUCUAAAAUUAGGAACAUGAUCCUAUAUAAAAAAAAAGAAGAUAUUUUUUUCUCUUUUGAUCAAUUUUUAUUUUUAUUGGAAUGUAUAUAAGAAGAGAUGAUGAGUCAAAUCUUAUUUUGAUGACAAAUGUGAAAAUAUGAUUUAGCUUGAGGAAAGUGUGAUGUGUUAUUUAAAAUAAGAAUUGUUUGAAUUAAAAAAGAAAAGAACAAAAGCUUCUAGACAAACUAAACAUAAAAAUUACCAAAACUAUAAGAAUUGAAUCUCAAUAUAUAUUUUCAAAAACUGUCACAUAUUGAUAUUUCACCUAACUACUUAACUGUGAUUAAUCUAUUUUCUAUAUGUUUGACAUUAUUGGCAGUGUAUUCUUUCAGUUCUGCCCAGUCAUUCUAGGCCAGACUGAAUUCUAGAUUCAAUCACCAUAAUGAAUAAUUAAGAUUUCAAAAAGAAACACUAUGUUCUUGUGUUCAUCACAAGUUUAUGUGCCAGUCCCAAGUCGAGGGUUCUUCUCACAAAAAUA